ACCUGCACACGGAAGCCGUACAAGCAGCCUUGGCCAAGUACAAAGAACGGAAGAUGCCCAUGCCUUCCAAACGGAGGUCCGUGUUAGUGCAGUCCUCCGUGGAAGCAUGUACCCCCCCAGACACCUCAUCGGCUUCAGAAGACGAGGGCUCACUCCGCCGGCAGGGCCGGCUGGCCACCUCCACGCCGUACCAGCCCCACCCCGGCGUAGAGCACUGGUUUAACAGGGUCAUCCAGGGCUCGUCCACUUCAUCUUCCGCAUCUUCCACCUCAUCCCACCCAGGAGGAAGGCCCCACACAGCCGCCGUCGCCGUGCUGGCAGAUCUCAUGGCACACACCCAGCUAGGUUAGUAACAGUCUCA